ACCACAAGGAACCAGGACUGAAGCACAGGAUCACUCCCUUUCAGACACACAUUUCAUCUCUUCUACCCGCACAUUAACAGGAACAGGUCACAAUGUUUGGCAUCCACUCCCUGGCUGGUGUGCUCCUCAUGGUCAUUGUACAGAGCAGUUGGCAAGUCCCUCUACAAGAGGCUGAGGACAACUCAAGCUUAGAGACAGCAGGCCCACUAUUGGAGGAUUUGAUGGGCGUAUUUAACAUGAAUAGACAUUCCGAGGGAACCUUCUCUAACGACAGGUACAGUAAAUCCUGGUACAGUAAAUACCAGGAAGAAAGGAUGGCUCAGGACUUUGUUCAAUGGCUUAUGAACUCCAAGAGGAGGGGUGGUCCAUCCAAACGACAUGCCGAUGGGACCUACACCAGCGACGUGAGCACCUACCUACAGGACCAGGCGGCCAAGGACUUUGUUUCCUGGCUCAAAUCAGGACGGGCCAGACGAGAAUCUGCAGAGGAGAGCAGGAAUGGUCCAAUGAGCAGAAGACAUGUAGAUGGGAGCUUCACCAGCGACGUGAACAAGGUGCUAGACAGCUUGGCUGCCAAAGAGUAUUUACUCUGGGUCAUGACCUCCAAAACCUCAGGGAAAAGUAACAAACGUCAAGAAGAUCAUUGA